AUGGUUGGCUAUGCCAAAGAGAAGCACGGCCAUGCUGACCUUCACUCGUCUCGCAUUGCCCAAGAUGAGAAAGAUGUUGCCGCAAUGGUUGAUUUAAUCAAGAACUGGACAGAUCCAUUUGCAGGUCAUAUGCAACUGUCCAGCAUCUCAACAGGAGCUGUUGCCACUACUGCUAUAGCAGAGGACCUUGAGACCGCCUAUAAAGUUCGAGAUGCAGCCUAUACUGAUUUCAAGAAGACCCGUCUCGAAUCACAGCCCCCAACGGUAAGGUUCAAUGACAAAUUGAAGAAGCAAAAGCUGAAAACCUUCAGUGCUUUAUCGAAGACCAAGACAGUGGCAAAGGGCAAAGACACAGAAACUGUUCUGCGCGCUGAUCGAAAUUUGUUUGCGCGGAUGAUCAUAAUUGCUGAAAGCCGCAAUCUGCAAAUGCAAGAUGUGUUAAAGCACCCAUUAGGCCCUCUUCCUGUUUCCCUGGCCUGCAACAGUGGCUUUCCCCGCAAGACCAAUAAGGCACAACUUGGCAAAGAAUUAGAGAAAUUGAUACAGCCAACGGUAGAAGUAACAAGGCCUUCAGCUUACCUAAUAGAUAGCAUGGCUCUGGUCCAAAAGCUGAAGGUAGAUUAUCUCACAUUUGGUGAGAUCGCAGACAAUAUUUUAUCUAGAGUGUUGCUUGAGGCGGAGGGUAGCGAUAGAGUGGAUGUCGUAUAUGACGUGUACAGAGACAUUCCCAUUAAAUCAGCAGAAAGAGAACUCAGAGGUGAAAGUGAUGCAAUAACUUUCAAGAGCCUUGCGGAUGGCCAGAAGGUCAAGCAAUUCAAGAAUUUUUUACGCAAUGGUGACGACAAAACAAGUCUUAUCAGAUUUGUUGUGGAACACUGGCAACAAACACCGGGUCGCAAGAGACUGGACGACAAGGAGCUGUAUGUAACAAGUGGAAACCGAUGCUACAAGAUCACUGCCGAGAGAGUAGACGAAGAAGAAGAGCUAAGAUCCGAACAAGAGGAGGCUGAUACACGACUUCUCCUGUAUGUGCAACAUGAAGCAAAUGAGCAGCGAUAUAGGUCAAUCAUUGUAUCCUCGGAAGACACAGACGUUAGAAUCCUGUGCCUAGCGUUUUCAUUUUCCAUUGAUGUACCUAUUUAUCAGCGUUGUGUUUCUCAACUGAACGCUCGGUAUGUCGACAUUGGAAAAAUAGCCCACGUCAUUGGCCAGGAUGCGUGCAAAGCACUACCAGGUUUGCACGCAUUUACGGGUUGUGAUGCAGUGAGUGCCUUUGCAGGGAUUGGGAAAGUGAAGCCCCUGAAGAGGUUACUGAGGAAAAAGGAAUACCAACGCACUUUCCAGCAACUUGGAGAAAACUGGUUGAUGUCUGAAGAUCUUCUGAUGCAGUUAGAGGCAUUUGUCUGUGAUAUGUAUGGCUCAAAGAACGGUAUCUUAGACGUGAAUCAAUGCAGUUAUUCGGUCUUCUGUGCAAAGAAAGGUAAUAAUAAUAAUUAUAAUAAUAAUAAACUUUCUUAAAGUGUCAUAUGAAGUUCGCUAAUCGGAGACACCUAGCUAUCUGCAUAAUAGUAAGAAAUUAGAUCACAAUAACAAAGAAAUAAAUUCAGCGAUAAAUGUAAAUGUAAAUGUUUUCCCGCCCCGUACCUAUGAUAUAUUUAACAAUUAUUCGCCGAAGGCGAAGUUAAUAUUGUUGAAUAAUCCCCGAGACGAAGUCGAGGAGAUUAUUCAACAAUAUUAACUGAGCCUGAGGUGAAUAAUUGUUUUAGUAUAUUCACACUAAGUGAUCUCAACAGAAUCAGAAAGGAAACCAUUAAAAAACGAUUAGUUUGAUUGACGGGUGAAAAUUCAUGCGUGAACACGAAGCCGUAAACAGUGGAUGUGCAAAAGUUGGAUCUUUACAGUAUCUUCAAACAUGGCAAAUGAUAGUUUUAAUCCUUUUGUAUCGAGUUUUGUAAGCUUUAGCAUCAACGGUUUAAAAGAAAACGCCGAAAAUUUAAAUUACUACCCAAUUCUGAGAAGAAAAGUAUCUAGAGCUUUAUGUGUUUCUGUCAACUCACCGUGAAUGAGAAAGUUUUCUUCGUCGCCUCUUGCAAAUGCUGUCUACAGCGGCUGCGAUCAAGGUAGGCGUUGUUUAUCUCCAAAGUUCUUUGCCUUGUUAACUUGCUGGCACGUACAAUUUUCGAAAAUAUUUGCCUUCCUCUCUUCUCCAUAAAUUAACUUCUAUUUAUAGGCAAAAUUGGUCUUGCGAGAAAAUCCCGAAAUCACAAAACAGUGACAAAGCGACCUCGUUUUCCUCUGUAGUGGUAAACAUAGCUUCGAGCGUACAAAAAGUCAGCUAAAGUAAACCACUUCACAAUAAAUCACGCUGUUUAAACACCAUGAAGUCUUUUCUUGCCUUCAAAGUCAUCAGCACUUGGAUAUUCGUGUAUUUUCAAAAAGGUUUUACUUUGAAACUUUGGCAAAACACCCAGUUCACGACAGCGAUUUUGUUCGGCUUUAUAUUCACCGCCUAGCGCGGUGAAUAUAACGUCAUAGUCCGAGAUAGCUAACCAAUCAGAUUGCUUGAAUUACCAAGAUCACUGAGUGUGUAUAUACUAAAUUCAUAUAUUCAUUCAGGUGAAGCGGAAUCCCAUCAGCUGCCUCCAUGCCAAGACAGCUUGUACAAGCAUUGCCGGCGAGCCAACUAUCAAGCGGCGAUAUGGAAAAAUUAUCUACGAAACAACGACAUUCCAUCCCCAGUUGGUCAUGGCUGGUCUCUUGUAAAUGACGGAGCUCAAGAGAGAUUGGUGAUAGAUUGGAUGAGUGGACUCCCGGCACCAACAGCUGUAAUAGAGCUUAUGUCAUGUAUGUGCAAGACGGCCUGUAAUGAUGAUUCAUGUGACUGCAUUCGAAAUGGCUUAAAGUGCUCCGACCUUUGCCGCCUAAUAACUUGUUCUAACCAGCCAGAUGAAGAGGAGGACAUCCAAGUAGACCUGGAUGAAGAGCACGUUGACUUUGACUAA